CGGAAACCCCGCCGCCACAAACUACAGCUGUAUUCUGCGCGCCGGCAAAAAUACCUCUUUCUCCGUUUCUUUCUCCCACCAACUUCGAAAUAGCGUCUGCGUCAUCGCCAAGAUGCAAUCUUCCAGGCCCAGGAAUCCACAUGCAAAAAUGGGAGAAAAGAGCUCUCCGCGUGGCCCCAAUCCCAAGAUAUCUCCUUCAAAAUCCCCAAGAGGAACCCCCAUUUCAUCUGAUUCAUCUGAUUCUAGAUCGAUCAGAGGCCCAGAGCGCAAGUCCUCGCCCAAGUCCGCAUCUUCGGUUGAGAAGCGAACCACGAAGGCGGCUUCGGAGAUGCAGCAGCAGCUGAGUCAGCUGCAGGAGGAGUUGAAGAAAGAGCAGGGCGAGAAGAAUCGGGCACUCAAGGAGAUCGCGGAGAUGAGGAAGGAGAUGAUCAACUCACGAAGAGGCGGAAACGAGGAUUCGGGAGAUGGUGGUAAUAAUAGGAACGGUAAUGCGGUAGAGACGCUGGAGAAGGAAGUAAAGAAUGCGAAGGAUUCGGAAAGGAAGAUGCUCGAGUCGUUAGUGGCGCAAACGAAACAGCUCGAGCAGACGAAAAUAUUGCUCGAAGAAGCUAAGCUGGUGAUAAGAUCCCUCCAAGAGAGCAAGAAGAGUUUGGAAACGGCCUCGGAUAGUGGGAAUUUAGAGGAGAUUACGAUUCUUAGGAAUGAACUCAAGUUAGCCGUUGAAGCAGAGGAGAAUAGCAAGAAGGCCAUGGACGAUUUGGCGAUUGCGCUCAAAGAAGUGACCACUGAGGCCAGCUGGGUAAAAGAGAGGUUUUCGGAGGCCCAAGCCAAGUUAGAGAAAGUUAGAGCAGAAGCUGAAAGCUCGAGAGCUUUGUUCGACAGUAUGGAGGAGAAGCUUCGGUUGGCAUGCGAAGAAUCUGAGAGGUUAAAGUCUGAAGGUGAGGAAUCGGUUGCGGCUUGGAAUGAGAAAGAGAGAGGAUUUUUGAACUGCAUGAAGAUGUGCGAAGAAGAGAUCAACAAAGCAAAACAGGAGAAAGUUAAACUGAUCGAAUCACAAAAGGUGACGAGGGAGGAGAAUUCAAAGCUGAGGGAUGUAUUGAAGCAAGCAGUAAAUGAAGCUACCGUUGCGAAAGAGGCAUUGGAGAUAGCUAGGAGUGAGAAUUCUCAGCUAAAGGAUCUUAUUCUUGAGAAGGAAAAUGAAUCGCAGAGCAUUAAGCAAGAGUUCGAAAACCUCAAGGUCAGUGAAGCUGCUGCAAAAGAUGAGAUUAAGGAGCUCAGUAACUUAAUUGCUACAACGAAAUCAACUGCAGGAAAAAGCAAACUAGCCUCUUCAUCUGAGGUAGACAUAUGGCAAAGGCCAAAGUGGAAAGAGGAGAGGCCGAGAAUUCAGAAUGGGAGAAGGCAUUCUAUUGGGGAGCCUGCUAAAUUUAAGGUGCCUGUGUUAGAUACGACCCAAAAGGAGGACUGGUUUGUUGCAUCGCUUAGUAAUGUUUCCGAUAUGAAGGCCACAUCGUCUAUUGCAACAGACUACAUGGAACACGAAUAUGAUCUUGUAGAUGGGACUCACUUGGAUGGCAUGGAGAAUUCCGUGAAGCAGAAAAAGAAAAAGACGAUUCUUCGAAGAUUCGGGGACCUUUUGAGGAGAAGCAACUUCCGCAGGUCGAACUCAUCAUCCUUGAGAUCUUCGUGAUACGUGAUCAUCAUCUCAGCAUGAGCUUCUUUGUUUGUCAAAUUUGAGUAUACUAUAAACUACUCCGCAACUCUUAUAUUCCAAUCUUUGUUCAGGCAACCACUGGGAGUGAAAUGGUUGUAAAAUCCACCAAUUUUGCACUUUUAUAUGGUUUCUGAAAUGAAUGACACUAAUGAAAUUUGACUUUCUUACUAUUCA